UCUCAGAGGCUCUGUACAGCAGUUCUCCUGUGUCCUAUCUGCAGCUUAUAUGUUUAACUCUACUUGAUGCCUGUCGAUGGUGCAUCACCAGCAGCUUAGACGAAGGAGGAAGGAAGUGCCUGGUAUUAUUAUUUUUGGGAUGUCCUCAUGAGAGAUUUAAAUUUGUGAGCAUCAUUAGAGCUGAUCCAGAUAAGACAAACAUAGAACAUCCCAGUUGCUGGCAGUGUUAUAAGGACCAAAGAAAAUGAUCAAGGCUCAGGAAUCACUGGCAUUCAAUGAUGUGGCUAUAAAGUUCACCUGGGAGGAAUGGCAGCUCCUGAACCCUGCUCAGAAGACCCUAUAUCAGGAUGUGAUGUUGGAGAACUAUCGCAACCUGGUUUCCACUGAAAUCCAGAAAGAUGAUGAUCAUUUGCUUGAGCACUUGCAAUAUGAAAGAUGCAUGGACAGAAUGGAACAAUGCUAUAAAUUUAAUACAUUGGAAAGUAUUGUUUAUCAGCACAAAAAUAAUUUUCCUCCAAAGGAAAAUUAUGAGAUGUUUGUAUUACAUGAAAAAAUUGUAAAACCAGAUUUAACCAUUCUGAAAUUAAAUCAGAACAGUAGCCACAAAACACAGAAGUCAGUUGUGCUCAAGGAAGAUGAAGAAACUUCCCUCCACAUUCAACAAGAGCAAUUUUGUACUGAAAAGAAAUUACCUGAGUGUGAACAAUCCAGGCUCAUGAAGUCACAAUGCAUUCAGCAUGAGGAAUCUAAUGAAAUUGAGAAACAGCACACAGGUGAUAAAUGUGCAACAACCUUAAUUGAGGAGUCUUUGCAAUAUGAACAACAGAUCAUUCAUACACUAGAUAAGACCUAUGAAUGCAGUCAUUGUGGCCAAAAAUUCAAUAAAGUGUUCAAACUCAAUGAAGAUUAUCAAAAAGGUCACGAAGGACAAAAGCUUCAUAAAUGCUUGGAAUGUAACAAAACUUACCACAGUAAAUCAUGCCUCAAGGGAUAUCAGGAAACUCAAGUGGCAGGGAUGGCAUAUAAAAUACAUCUCAAAACUCAUCUACGAACUCAUACAGAGGAAAAACCCCAUGUAUGUGGUGAAUGUGGAAAAGCCUUCUUUGGGAAGACUGCUCUCACUUAUCAUCAGCGAACUCAUACUGGAGAGAAACCCCAUGUAUGUAAUGAAUGUGGCAAAGCCUUUAUCGGGAAGACGGACCUCAUUGUUCAUCAGUGAAUUCAUACUGGAGAGAAACCCUAUGUAUGUGAUCAAUGUGGAAAAGCCUUUAUUGGGAAGACUGCUUUCACUUAUCAUCAGCGAACUCAUACUGGAGAGAAACCCCAUGUAUGUGGUGAAUGUGGCAAAGCCUUCAUUCAGAAAACACAUCUCAAAACUCAUCUACGAACUCAUACAGGAGAAAAACCCCAUGUAUGUGGUGACUGUGGAAAAGCCUUCAUUGGGAAGACUGCUUUCACUUAUCAUCAGCGAACUCAUACUGGAGAGAAACCCCAUGUAUGUGGUGAUUGUGGCAAAGCCUUUAUCAGGAAGAAGGAUCUCACUAUUCAUCA